AAACGAAAGGAAGGGCUUAAUUAAGUUCAUGAGACGGGAGCGGUGUUUCCUUGGUUAAACAUUAAAUCAAGAUAUAUCUGGCAAUUUGGACAGAUGUGAAACCUGCGGGAAAGAAUUCAGGAACAAUACGCGGCCAACUCAGAGCGUCAAGCCUUUCUGCCUUCAUACUAGAUCAUUGGCAGACCUGCGCCUUAACGCCAUCCACUAGUUUUGGUUCCAGAACCGCAAAGCUUUCGCUACUGUCUUGCUUUGGAGUUGCUCGGCUGCCUGUUAACGCCAUCACUACCGUGUGAGAAGGCUGAGAGUUCAAAGCCUAGUGCAGAGAGUUGAGUAGCAAAUUGCUGCUGUUCAGUUGACGGAGCGCUGCACUGUCCGAGAUUUCCUCCUUUCCCUCCUGGCUUUCCGAAGAUUUGGGUUCUGUCACUAUUGAUAUGCUAACAGCUGCAACGUGCUGAGAGGUUUCUCUGCGGAUGCAGUUUGAGUAGAAGGGACAAGCUCACAGAGCGAGGGGGCAGGUGGAAGUUGCUGGGAAGGCAGUAAGUUAAAGAGGUGGGUGCAGAAAUGCGAAGGGGAUUAAUUUAUUCCAGGAGGGGGAUGAGGGCAUUAGCCAGGGGGCAGAUGGGCUAGCUGAAUAUCGGGAGAUGUCUGUGAUCAGGACUGAGCCAGUGGGAUGGCUCGUGGAUCAUCAGGCUUAUAUCAACCAGUCGUACAGAUGCUGCCACCACUCUCCACCUGACACACGCUGCCACAGGUAUGUCUUCAGGGCAGAAUACUUCCAUGUGGAGAAGCCCCACAUUGUUGACACCAGGACUCCAGGCCAGGGGUCAGCUGCCAAUGACAAGGGUGUGAAAGGCAGGAAGCGCAAGAGGAAGGGUCGGGAACUGAACCAGGGAGAGGUGGAAGCUCUGGAGUACCACGAGAAGGUCAGCCUGGCAAUCCGGAACGGCACAAAAAAGCUGGUAGAGUACCUGGAAGUGGAGGAGACAGGCGGCAGAGGGCAAGUGACUGCUCUGGUCCCUGCUGACUCCAUGCUGGUGGAGCUCUGCUCCAUGGCCAAGCAGCUGCUGGAGGAACCCCAGCGGCAGGUGCAGGUCAUAACCAACGAGUCGGUGCCAGACCUGGAGCUCCUGGGCCGUCUGACGGAGAACAGCACAGGCUGCGCCCAGCUCGUGAAGCUGAUGGGACACUGGUACCUGCUCCCACCACGAUCCACCUUCCUGCUGUCGGACAUCUCCUGCAUGGAGCCACUCUUGGGCUACAAGAAAUAUGACGUGAUCACUUUGGACCCACCCUGGGAGAACAAGUCCCUCAAGAGGAGCAAGGGCUACAGCCACCUCUUUCCCUGGCAGAUCAGCCAGCUCCCUGUGCCGCUCCUCGCCACCCCUGGCUGCCUGGUGGUGUGCUGGGUCACCAAUCGGCAGAAAUAUCUCCACUAUGUCAAGGAGGAGCUGUACCCCGGCUGGUCAGUGGAGGUGGUCGCUGAGUGGCACUGGGUGAAGGUGACCCAGCAAGGGGAGUUUGUGGUGCCCCUGGACUCUGUUCACAAGAAACCCUAUGAGAUCCUUGUCCUGGGACGUUACACGGGAAGCCCAGCACAGCGGGAUGGAGAAGCUGGCACUGCAAGCGUCACAGUGCCCGACCACAAGCUUAUUGUCAGUGUCCCCUGUACACUUCACUCUCACAAGCCUCCACUGGGGGAGGUGCUGAAAGGAUUGACCCGACCCCACGCUGAGUGCCUGGAACUGUUUGCUCGCAACCUGCAGCCUGGGUGGACCAGCUGGGGGAACGAGGUGCUGCGAUUCCAACACCUCAGCUAUUACCAGGAGCUAGACCCAGAGAAAGGAGGCAAAAGCUGCUCCUGCUCUCACACACCCUGACCAUC